AUGGCACCAUCCAAACAACUAAAUAAAAAGAACAAAUGCAGUUUUUCUAAUAGUAAUGAAUCACCCUCUCUUAGUAGCAGUCAAUCUCAGCAACCUGGCAUUACACAAAGCUUUAAUAACGUCAAUGUUUCAAAAAAAAGUACUUUCCAGACAGCCAAUAGUUUAACAAAUAUUAAUAAGUUGUCAUAUAAGUAUCAUAAGGAGGUCGUAAUUUCUAGUUAUUCUAGUGGUUUUGAAAGUGAUUACCAUGAUGAACAAUUAUCAAAGAAAAGAAAAAGCUAUAAGAAAAAUUAUAAAAAGACUAUCGGUUCUGGCAACACUAGUAGCUCUGAAACGGAUGAAUUAAGUAGUCAACAAGUUCAAAAAAAACGCAAACAUAAAAAAAAGUACAUGAAUACUACCUUAAGUGAUUCUGAAAGUGAAACUAAAAAGAAUGCAAUGCGUGAAUUUAUAGCUCAGAUAUGGACCUCUAAUAUACCGGAAUAUCGUAAAUUGAGUUCAACCAAAAUACGAUCGUUAGUCAAAAAGUAUAAAGCAAACAAUCCGGAUUUUCCUGAAUGCAUCAAUGAUUGGGCAAUCAAGAUGAUGAUGCAUCGUUCUAUUAAUCAACAGCGUAAAAAAGAGCAUGACGCUACAAAAAACAAUAAUGAUACCCGAAUUACUGAAAAAGAAACAAUGGUGCUGUCUGACGAUGACUACUUAGAUCGCUCUGAACUAGCAACAGAAAGAGUUGAGG